AUGUUUGCAGACAUCGAAGGAUUAUCGCAGCAACUUAUGGCGCGUCUUGCAAUGCCACCUCUUGAAACAUCAACGAUCUUCAUCGAUGAUCCGUCCACUAAACGUAGCGCUCUAGGACCGAGACAAAUCGAAGUACGUUGUGUUUAUUUUGAAGAUAUUUUAGAUGGAAAGGAAUCAAUAAAACAUCCAUCAACUGGCAUAUCAGAAGCUCACAAACAACCUCCUGGAAAUGUUUACAUCAAAGAUCACGAGAAACAGCAAAGGACGAAAUUCUUUGGAUCAAGGAAGAACAGUCGAGUCUGA